AUGCUCUCGACAAUUGCUACAGAGCACGCAGGUGAUGCUCUCGACAAUUGCUACAGGGCAGUAGGAUCUUUUGGCGAUGAGGUGGGAAGUGAUGGAACUACGCAGUGUACAUCUACAGCGGGAGAACCAAAUUAUUGUUAUAAACUUGGCAAGAAUAAUCUUAUCCCGCUUACGCCUGAACAGGAAGCUGAUGAGAAUUUGAACCUUAUCUAUUCUAACAAAGAAAAGGAUGGAAUGUAUUGUCACUUCAGAUUGAGGAACGAAAAUGGGAAGAACGCCUUUGUUCCUUACAUGGACGAAAAUGAUCACAUAUUCUUAGCACGAGGAGUGGCAAAAGGUCUAAAAGCCCUUGAUCUUCAUGGUCUCAGUUCUGGUUCACCAAAUUCUGGCAAAGACAAAGCAGCAGAAAUAGGAGAGAGGGACCUCUCUGGGAAGGGUAAUGUUUUUAAGUUUCAAAAAGAUAUACUCACUUUGUGAUU